UCAUCUCUCUCUCUCUCUCUCUCCCAGGAGUAAGGAGGGCCUGACCAAGGCCAAGGAGAUCCUGAUCAGACUGGGUGUGGAGCCCCUCAGCCGAUGAUUGCAUCGCCGUGCAGCAUGUGUGUGCCAUUGUGUCCUUCCGCUCCGCUAGCCUGAUAGCUGCUACGCUAGGUGCUAUCCUGCUACGUCUGAAGGAGAACAAAGGGGUUGCUAGGCUGCGGACCACCGUGGGCAUUGACGGGUCGUUGUACAAGAUGCAUCCUCAAUACGCCCGCCGGCUCCACAAGACAGUGCGUCGCCUGGUGCCCGAUUCUGACGUCCGGUUCCUGCUGUCAGAGAGUGGGAGUGCCAAGGGUGCUGCCAUGGUGACCGCCGUGGCCUACAGACUGGCGGACCAAUCGAGACAGAUCAUCCAGACCCUGGAGGAACUCCAGCUGACCACUGAACAGCUGCUCGAGGUAAAGAAGCGGAUGAAGAUAGAGAUCCAAAAUGGCCUCUCCAAGAGCACCCAGGAGAUCGCUACUGUCAAGAUGCUCCCCACCUUCGUGCAGAGCACGCCUGAUGGCUCAGAGAACGGGGAUUUCUUGGCCUUGGAUCUCGGAGGAACCAAUUUCCGAGUUCUGUUGGUGAAGAUCCGGUCUGGGAAGAGAAGGACGGUGGAGAUGAACAACAAGAUCUACGCCAUCCCCAUGGAGGUCAUGCAGGGCACGGGAGAAGAGCUGUUUGACCACAUAGUGCAGUGUAUCAGUGACUUCCUGGACUACAUGGGGAUGAAGAACACUCGGUCUCCCCUUGGCUUCACCUUCUCCUUCCCCUGCCAACAAACCAGUCUGGACGCUGGUGUCCUGGUGACGUGGACCAAGGGCUUCAAGGCUACGAGCUGCGAGGGCGAGGACGUGGUGGGCCUGCUGAGAGACGCCAUCCGGAGGAGGGAGGAGUUUGACCUGGAUGUGGUUGCCAUAGUGAACGACACCGUGGGGACCAUGAUGACGUGUGCCUACGAAGAGCCCACGUGUGAGGUGGGACUCAUCGCUGGUACUGGCAGUAACGCCUGCUACAUGGAGGAGAUGAAGAACAUUGAAAUGAUCGAGGGCGACGAAGGUCGCAUGUGUGUCAACAUGGAGUGGGGCGCGUUCGGCGACAACGGUUGCCUUGACGACAUGAGGACCGAGUACGACCGCACCGUGGACGACCUCUCCCUCAACCCGGGCAAACAGAGGUAUGAGAAGAUGUGCAGCGGUAUGUACCUAGGGGAGAUUGUGAGGAACAUCCUGAUAGACCUGACCAGGAAAGGCUUCCUGUUCCGAGGACAGAUCUCUGAGACCUUGAAGACCAGAGGCAUCUUCGAGACCAAAUACCUCUCGCAGAUAGAGAGUGACAGACUGGCACUACUGCAGGGUCAGAUCCAUUCUGCAACACUUGGGACUGGGACAGCACCUGUGACGACAGUAUCAUAGUCAAAAAGGUGUGUGGCGCCGUGUCCCGUCGAGCUGCUCAGAUCUGCGGGGCGGGGGAUGGCUGCGGUGGUGGAUAAGAUCAGAGAGAACCGUGGACUGGACCAUCUGGACGUCACCGUAGGGGGUGGACGGGACGCUGUACAAACUACACCCACAGUGAG